GGCAGCCGAAUAGGCAGCUGAGAAAAUUUCCACAGCUAUAUUUAAGAAAUGAAGAAGUGAAAUAUGGUCCAAGUGAAGCAAACGAGGAAGGAAAGAAAAUAAGACUCCCUUAAGAGCUAAGAAGACAAAUGGCACAAUGAAGUUGUCUUAGGCAGAAAGAGAAAGAAUUCUACUGUCGAAGAAAAGAGAAGCAGCAUCUCAUUUGCUCUCAACUUUCCUGUUCCUUCUGGUCUGUGAUUGGAUGUAGAUUCAAGCAAAGCCUGAUUCAUAACUGAGGAUUUCAGUCUGAAUGCAAAAGGAAAAUAUCUUGGUGUUUUGCAUCUAAACUAAAGACUAAUAUGCAUUGGAAACUCGUGGUUACACUAGUGCCGACUUUGACUAUUAAGCUAACAGGCAGUUUUCUGUUCUUUCAAUAUUUUUCACAGAUCUUCUUAGAAGUCCCCAAAAUCACCUCACCAGGAAAAACCAGCUGCCCCUUAAGGUGGACUCUGUAUGAAGGAAAGUGCUAUUACUUUUCUACGCUGCUAAAAACAUGGGAUGAAAGCCAAAAAGAAUGUGUCUCGUUAAAUUCUCAUCUUGCCAUUAUCAGCAGCAAAGCAGAACUGGCAUUCCUGAACAGCAGAACACAAAAUGCAGAUUACUUCGUUGGCCUGAGACGGAGAAAUUCCAAUGGAGAGUGGAAGUGGAUUGACAACACAAAGUUUGACCCCGGCAUAUUUAAUGUUCAAGAUAAAACAAACGACUGUGCUGCAAUUGGAUUAAAUUCCACCGUCUCGAGAUCUUGCUCUGAAUUGAACCGCUUCAUUUGUGUGGAGAAGGUAUAAAAACUCUUUGGGCAAUGGAAAUUCAUAGCAAGAUAGAAUCGGAAUUCUAUCCUCUGUUCAUAAACGUUGGCCCUGAUAGGAAAGUGAAUCUACCAUAAUGCAAUUUAAAAAUUUGGGGUGAGCACUCCUUUUCAACGUAUUUCAGGUUACGUGGAAUUCUACCCUUAGAUCUAAUUCCUUCUUGAAUGAAUAUAGUUUCCACCACCACCACCAUGCCAUCAUUCUGCUAAGCAGCUAAUUCCCACAACACUUUCAAACUAUUUAGUAAGACUGUAUUAAUAUUAUUCUUCUCAUCUUUCCUAUUGCUUAUCUCCUUUUCUACUUAUGACUAUAACUUUGUUGUUUGUAUAUUUAUGAUUUAUAUUGUUUUAUUUAGUUUCCUAGUACGAUUUAUGUUGAUUCUAUCACUAAGUGUUGUAUCUUAUGAUUUAUGAUGAAUGUAUUUUAAUGAUGCUAUGAUCAUGAUUUAUAACUUUUAUGUACAAUGAGAGCUUAUGCACCGAAGACAAAUUCCUUGUGUGUCCAAUCACACUUAGCCAAUAAAGAAUUCUAUUAUUUUCUAUAUCAACCUGUAUUAUAUUACUGUUUUAAAAAUAAAGGUUUUC